UCCUAGUUGUACCUGCAUGUGUCUGAUGUCUAACAUAAGUGGCUGUUCCCUUGCAGGUAAAAUGGAUGAUGUACUGGAUUGUAUUCGCCUUCUUCACUACAGCAGAAACACUCACGGAUAUCAUUCUUUCUUGGUUUCCCUUUUAUUUCGAGCUGAAAAUCGCAUUUGUGAUCUGGCUGCUUUCCCCUUACACCAAGGGCUCCAGCGUCCUCUACAGGAAGUUUGUGCACCCAACGCUCUCCAAUAAGGAGAAGGAGAUUGAUGAGUAUAUCACCCAGGCCCGUGACAAGAGCUAUGAAACCAUGAUGCGAGUUGGGAAGAGAGGGUUAAACCUGGCUGCCAAUGCAGCAGUUACUGCAGCUGCAAAGGGUCAGGGAGUUCUGUCCGAGAAGCUACGGAGUUUCAGCAUGCAGGACCUAACUCUGAUUAGGGAUGAAGACGGUGUGCACCUGCGGAGUCCUGAGCCACGGCUGCAUCCCUCUGGUGGGGGCCUUCUUGAAACCAUUGACGAUUCGGCUUCCUGUUACUCUUCUGGAGAAGAAGCCAGUGUAGCACAGAGGUCUAAUGGGGUCCAGUCUGAUGCUAGAACAGAUCCAUCAGAUGAUGAUGCAGGAGACAAAAUGCCCAAACGUACUCAGAGUCUUAAAGCUCCAAAGAAAGUGACAAAAACUGAGCCUCCACUAAAGAGCAUAAAAGCUCGCCCCAAGAAGAAAGCUGUGGGUUCUGUUGCUGCUGGCGAGUCAGCCUAAGGAGACCUCCCCCACCCGUAUCUGUCCCAGGAUUCACCUGUUACUUUGAAGGGACACUCUCCAAAGAAGGGAGCUGAGAUUCAUAUGACUGGAAAACGUGGCUCAAAACAGUCUGCAGACACUUGAGCAAAUAUGAGGUGGAGCAAUCCAGAGGCCCUUCUGUCCCAACUCGAGAAGGCUCCAGGAGAGCCAGGCCACAGGGCAGGAGAGCUUACAAAUAACUAAACCCUUGAGAACAACUUCUCGUCUAUCUGACCAUGUGCCAUUUCCAUCAACCUGGGACCUGAGCAGCAUGUAAGAGUCGAGUCAAAAAAACAUGUGGAUAUGGGAUAUGUAAUGUGGGAGUCACACUUCAGUAAUCCUCACAUAGAAAGACUUUGAGGUGAGUCAGUCCAAACUAUGCUGGAUCCUAACCCCUCAGAAUAGGUUAGAGGAUUUUUCCCUUUUGAGUGAGAACACAUGCUACCCUUUACCUAUUACUAGUUCCAUUCAGAUUUAUGAUGGUGGGAAUUUCUUAGAGGAAGUAGCACCCCUCAUCUUGCUAGCUUCUAUGAUCUCCUCAGCAGUGACUGAGGGAGCAUCCUUGAUGCCAAGGUAAGUAUUCAUAUGCACAACUGCUAUCUUAAGAGAGAGACUUGGAGACCUUGGUUUCUAUUGAGAAUAGCUGCCAAAGGAGUCUGAUCUUCCUGGCUGCUUCUCCUUAUUUAAGAACCAUGCUCUGUUGUAGUCAAGGUGUAGGACUUCCUUCCAAAUCUCUGUAUCUUGCUAUCACACUUCUAGAACUAGGACAGAAUAUUCUGUCUAAAAACCCUGUUGUUUUGUUGUAGGCAGGGUCUAGAACUUCCCUGAUAUCCAGAUUGCAGUUACAUUUUCCGUCUACUGAACCGUUCUUAAGUUGCUCAUAACAAUAGAAGUGUCAUCUCGGGCUGAAAUUCUACACAUUUCUCCUUCAUCUAGAAACAGACUUUCUGGAAAGCUCAGCUGCUUUUGGGACAGGAGCUAGGGAAGACAUUUUUGCCCUUAAAGCUUUGAUUUUUCAAAAUUGGGUCCAGGUUCUAUGGCAGACAGUGGAAGGAACUUGUCAGAAACAGUGAUUUAAUGAGACAGGUUGUGGAGAAACAUUAAUUUUAGCUUUUU